CGCGAAUAGCUUCACAAUCGCUAGAGCAGGAGCGAUCCCACAGCGCUUGGAGCUCGGACAUGCGCUGCUGCUGCGAGACUCCAGAUUUGAACCCGAUGAAGGCGCAGACUCAGACUCAGACACGGCGAAAACGAGGCGACGACGAGUAGAGCACCACCACUCAAGCUUUUUCCUUUUGCUUCCUCGCGACGAAUUACAAUUACCGCUCAAGACGAACAUCCUUAAUCAUGACGACGCCUCCUUCUCUCUUCCACGCGCUCCUCCGCCCUUCUAUCCUUCAGAUCCUCCGCUCGACGGGCUACCACUCGACGCGCCCGGCAGUGCUCGACUCACUGACGGACCUCGCCGCCCGAUACCUCUCCCUGCUCUGCCAGAGCACAGCCGACCACGCGGCGCACAACCAAGGCGACAGCGCAGAUUUUACUAUCGUCGACAUCCGCAUGGCCCUGCAGGACGCGGGCGCCCUCAUGCCUGAGCGACUACCCGCCGAGGAGCUGUUCCACGACAAGGAGGACCUGCGCGGCCUUGAAGAGUUUAUCGCUUGGUUUGCGGGACAGCGCAUGAAGGAGAUGAUGGAUGUUGGCAGCGGUGACGGAGAGAUGGAUGCGACUGAUUAUCUCAAUGCUCUUAAGAAGAAGCACAGCAAGACGGGCGAAGACGCCAAAUACCACGGAACGAUUCUAGGCAGGGGUCACGACGCAGGAGAAGUACAAGUCGAAGGAGGACCAGAAACGAGCAUCUCGGAAUGGAUCUCCAAACGCAGAGCAUCCGCCUCACUCAGUCCCGAGCCUGAACAGCAGCAGCAACCACAGCUUAACCAGCAAAAGGCUCAGCAAAACGGACACGCCAGCGAUGACGAGUCGGGGUUGAGCUCUGUGGGAGACAGGCUGGAUCACGAGAUGGACUUGUCAUAAGAAGAUGGACGGUUUGUGUUUUUUUGCAUAGCGAUGGAGUUUUCGGAGAGGACGGAUAGUGGAAUGGGAAUCAGGGUCCAAAAGACAAGACCUCUUUGUGUCUCUGUUUUUCUAGGUUGCUUUUAAAAGUCUUUUGAGAUGGGCUUGUAGAUAUAUACAUCUUGAACU